AUGCUUCGAGGCAAGACGCUUCGCGUGGCGCAGGCGCUUCUUAUUGUCGCGCCUGCUUUCAUUAUUUUUGGAUAUAACCAGUCCGGCGUUGGUCCCCUGGCUACGCUGCAAAGUUGGGUUGAAGUGUUUCCCGAGAUCGACACUGUCAACACAAAAGGUGCUGUGCGAGCUAAAAAUUCUACUGCAAAGGGUGCUGUGAUUGCCUCUUUCCAGCUUGGUGCUCUGAUCGGAUCUUUGUCUUGCACUGGAUUCGGUGACCGGCUUGGUCGUCGUUGGACUAUUUUCGUGGGCGCUAUUUUGACUAUCAUCGGACAGGUAUUGCAGGUUGCUGCUUAUGGCCUUCCGCAAUUCGUCGUCGGUCGUGUUCUUCUCGGUCUCGGUGUUGGACAGUUGAGUGUCGCUGUUCCUGUCUGGCAGUCAGAGUGCACAUCAGCCAAACACCGUGGACAACAUGUUAUCGUCGAUGGUAUCUGUAUCUGUUUGGGUUAUGCAUUGUGCAACUGGAUUGAUUUUGGACUAAGCAAGGUCGACGGCAGCUUGCAGUGGCGAAUCCCGCUCGUGGUCUCAUUCUUUUUCUCCCUUGUGCUCAUGACGUCCGUUUUCCUCCUGCCCGAGUCUCCUCGCUGGCUUGUCACUGUCGGUCGCGUCGAAGAGGCCACUCAGAGUCUCGCCGCGUACAAGGGUCUUUCCGACGACGACGAAGCCGUCCGUGUUGAAAUCUCCGGUAUCGAAACCUCCCUGGAAGUGUCCGUCGACAGCGCCUCGCUUAUGGACCUUUUCAACCCAAACAAGCCCGACGAUGAGCGUCUUCUAUAUCGAUUCUGCGUCUGCAUUUCGCUUCAAUUCUUCCAACAAAUGUGCGGUGGCAACCUUAUUUCCACCUACGUCUCAACCAUCUUCGAAGAAAACCUCCACAUGACCAGUGACCUAUCCCGCAUCCUAGCGUCCUGUGCCAUGACCUGGAAAUUCAUGUGUAGUUUUAUCGCUUUCUUCGCUAUCGACCGCCUUGGCCGACGCAAGAUCUUUAUGAUCUCCGGUACCGGCAUGGCAGUCUGCAUGAUGGUCCUAGCGAUCACGAACAGCUUCGACCAGAACCAUACCGCCUCGGUCGUUUCCGCUGUCUUCAUCUUCCUCUUCAACUCCUUCUACCCUGUCGGUUUCCUGGGUGGAAACUUCCUCUACUGCACCGAGGUCGCGCCUAUGCGCCUCCGUGUUGCCAUGUCAGCUAUCUCGACAGCGAACCACUGGCUGUGGAACUUUGUCGUUGUCAUGAUCACCCCCGUCGCACUGGACACGAUUGGAUAUAGGUACUAUAUUGUGUAUGCCGUGAUCUCGGCUUGCAUUCCGUUCACGGUCUACUUCUUCUACCCGGAGACUAUGAAUCGCAAUCUAGAGGCUCUUAAUCAUGUCUUCCGUGAUGCGCCCACGCCAUGGUCUAUUGUUUCGAUAGCGAGACAUUUGCUUCAGGGUGAGGCGGCGGAGGUUGAUAUGUGGAUGAAGACUGAAGAGAAGGCGGGUGUUGAGCAGAAGGAGGAUAUUUAG